AUUUGGAUGAAUUUUUAAACCUCAUUCAGCAUUUAUUUAGACAUUUACAGACAAAGUGAGAGGUUUCCUUUCAACACCGCCCUCCCUCCCUGUGAGGUGUCAUAAAUCUCUUACAUUUUAACUAAACCUUCGGUAGACGUGGGGUGAAUGUGGAGUUUGAUCUCCCUGGUGUGAAGACCGGAGCACAAAGAGCUUCCUGGGAUUGCCUUCAGGUAACAUGGUGAGCUGUUUGGGAGAGACGAGUCGGCUCAGGGGGAUUGCAACACGGUGACGAGUCACUGAAAGACGGCCGUAAAGGAGCAACGAUGACCAGCCUGCCUCUGACUCAGACACCCUCCCCUGGGAGCAGCACCUUGGUCACCGUGGACUUAGUGGUGCUGGUGAUCUACUUCCUGUUGGUGCUGGCUGUGGGGUUCUGGUCAAUGUGGAGGACGAAGCGCAGCACUGUGGAUGGAUACUUCUUGGCUGGAAAGAGUAUGACCUGGUGGCCAGUGGGAGCGUCUCUGUUUGCCAGUAACAUCGGCAGUGGACACUUCAUCGGACUGGCAGGUUCUGGGGCUGCAGCAGGAAUCGGAGCAAUUGCAUAUGAAUGGAAUGUAAGAGAACUGCUCAAACACACCUAUUUAAAUACAAAUGUGUCAAAAAAAUCAUUGAUUUUAAAACAAAACAUUGCUGUUGUUCAACUCCAGGGAAUGUUCAUGGUCCUGCUCCUCGGGUGGCUCUUCUUGCCCAUUUAUAUUUCCUCAGGGGUGACGACCAUGCCAGAAUACCUGCAGCGGCGCUUCGGUGGAAGAAGAACUCAGUUGUUCAUAGCCGUCUUGUCCUUGUUUAUUUACAUCUUUACCAAGAUAUCGGUUGACAUGUACGCAGGUGCAGUUUUCAUUCAGCUUGCAUUAAAGUGGAACAUCUACCUGGCUUUGGUGCUGCUGCUGUCUGUCACUGGUCUCUACACCGUAGCAGGUGGUCUGGCUGCUGUCAUCUACACCGAUGCCGCUCAAACUGCCAUCAUGCUGGCAGGAGCUCUUACUCUCAUGGGCUUCAGUUUUGCUGAAGUCGGUGGCUGGAACGCUCUGAUGCAGGGAUACGCCAACGCCAUUCCUUCAGUCCGUGUUCCUAACACCACCUGCGGCAUCCCUCGCGAUGAUGCCUUCCACAUAUUCAGAGACCCGGUGAACUCUGACCUGCCUUGGCCAGGUGCUAUCAUCGGCAUGUCAAUCCCCUCAAUGUGGUACUGGUGCUCUGAUCAGGUGAUUGUGCAGCGCUCUCUGGCUGCAAAGACUCUGACCCAUGCCAAGGGCGGCUCCCUGCUGGCCGCGUACCUGAAGGUUCUGCCUUUCUUUGCCAUCAUGCUGCCUGGUAUGAUCAGCAGGAUUCUCUACACAGAUGAGGUGGCGUGUGCAGACCCUGAUCUGUGCAAACAGAUUUGUGGAAACGCCGUUGGCUGUUCAGAUAUCGCCUAUGCCAAGCUGGUGAUGGAGCUGCUACCUGCAGGACUGAGGGGUCUGAUGAUGGCCGUGAUGAUCGCCGCUCUCAUGUCGUCUCUGACCUCCAUCUUCAACAGCUCCAGCACCAUUUUUACCAUGGACUUAUGGAAGAGUUUCAGAUCUCACGCAUCUGAAUGGGAGCUCAUGAUUGUAGGCAGGGUGUUUGUGCUGGUGCUGGUGUUGGUCUCUGUGCUGUGGAUUCCUGUUGUCCAGGCCAGUCAGGGCGGACAGCUCUUCAUCUACAUCCAGUCCAUCAGCACCUACCUGCAGCCGCCCGUUAGCAUCAUCUUCCUCAUGGGCUGCUUCUGGAGAAGGACUAAUGAGAAGGGUGCAUUCUGGGGCUUGACUGUUGGCCUCACAGUUGGCUGCAUACGCAUGCUGCUGGACUUCAUCUACCCUGCACCUCCUUGCUAUGAGGAGGACAACAGGCCUGUUGUGCUGAAAUACGUCCAUUACCUGUACUUCUCCGUCCUGCUGUCCUUCAUCACCCUGGCUGUGGUGGUUGGAGUGAGCCUGGCUACUGAGGAACCAACUCCAGAGCAGAUAAGUCGUCUCACAUGGUUUACGAGGUUUGACCCUGUGAAGCCUAAAGAGCAGGUGUUUCCAGUGGAGCAGAGCAUCGAGGCGAGACAGCCCGAGAGCAGCAGCAUGAAGGGAGGCUCGUCCAUUUCUAGUGUCCAAACUCAGUCCAGGUUUCUGUCUGUCCUCUACUGGCUGUGUGGGAUGGAGAGACAGAGGGAAGAACAGCGACACGACAGUCCAUCUCCACCUGAGCUGAAUGUCUGUAGUCUGGAUGAAAAGCCACGGUUACGACAUCUCGUAAACGCUAACCUCAUCAUUUGCCUCUCAGUAACGGUCUUCAUUAUCGGAUACUGGGCUUGAGAAGCAUCAUUCUCUGUGUGUGUGUGUGUGUGUUUAAAUAUUUAAUACAUUUAUAAAAUGACACUAUCCUGCUAGAAAACACUGACUUUUUAUAGUAAAUGUAGAAAAAAUAUUGAUGUUUUAGAUGUUUACUCCUGUUUGAAUAAACUUAAGUUUUUUUUAAUCCA